GUCGUUGGCAGAGAAAAAGCGAGUUUUAAAUGGACGAAGAGAGAGAGAGAGAGAGAGAGAGCGAGACAGCCUAUUAACAUUCUUGAACCCAACCUCUCUCUCUCUCUCCGUCUCUCGUGGUCUUGAUUUUUCCGAUUAUCGUUGGAUUAUCUCACCGAUUUCAGGAAAUUAGAAAAGAUGGAGUCUCACGAUGAGACAGGAUGCCAAGCUCCAGAACGCCCCAUUCUUUGUAUUAAUAACUGUGGGUUCUUUGGAAGGGCAGCCACCAUGAAUAUGUGUUCCAAAUGUUUCAAGGACGUGGUCUUGAAGCAGGAGCACGCUGAACUUGCAGCAUCAUCCAUAGGGAGCAUAGUGAAUGGCAGCACUAGCAGUAAUGAAAAAAACCCUGUCAUUUUGGGGAAGAUGGAAGAACAAGCCGGACCAAUGGAGAGAAAGUUCUUUUCAAAAGAACUGUCCAGUGAUUCAUCCUCAAGCAACUCUUUUCAGAUGCCGGUGAAAGAGGGCCCUAGUAGAUGCACCACUUGUCAAAAGCGCGUUGGUUUAACUGGCUUCAAUUGCAAGUGUGGAAACCUCUUCUGUGCAAGUCAUCGUUAUUCUGAUAAGCAUGAUUGCCCCUUUGAUUAUAGGAAAACUGCACGGGAUGCUAUUGCAAAAGCCAACCCUGUUGUCAAGGCAGAAAAGCUUGACAAAAUUUAGGAUUCAUAGCUUGAAGUGAAAGGUUAUGUACUUCAGUAUGAAUGAUGCUCAUUUCUCUAUCUGUGUCUUUGUAUAAGUUGGCUGCUUGUCUUGUUAGGUGUCCUUCGCUGAUAGAAAUGGUUCAGUUCACGAUAGUGAGGACAUCUUUAGGAGAAGUGUUAUUCCUUGUUGAUUGGUGAGGAUUCCUUUAUUGGCUCAAAAGUGUGUAAGUCUUAAUUUCUGCUGGUUUGAUGGACGUCUUCAGGGUUACUUGUAAUGAAUUCUCGGUUGGCAUGCA